AUGACGGAUCUAAAUGCCACGGUCGAUGAGAGUCUGAUUCCGAUAUUCUCGAGCAGCAGCUGCACAGACGAUGGCGGAGGCGCUGAGGAUGGUGAUGAAGAUGAAGCCGGCGAAGCUGGUCAAAGCAGCACUCCCCAGCCCAUAUCUGCUCUCAAGAGGAAGAAUAAAAGCAAGGGAACUGCGGCCAGAGGCCCAACAGCACUUCCCAGAAACCGUGGCAAUGGAUUUGAAGAGUAUUAUGCGGAUCCGCCCAUGACUCCCGCAGAAGCUGUGGAGGAGAAACAAGAGAUUUACCAUCCAGACAUUCCUUUUGAAAAGCGCAUGCAGUCGUGCAUUCAGCGCUAUCGCUCUCGUCGUCGUCUCCAGCACAACAGAGUUUACUUCUUUGACGAGUACCUCUUCCUUGGCGGCGUGGACACAUCCCAGGGAGCAUACACCGGGCUCGACCCAAAGGAGCUCAAGCAGCUCACGGCCGCACAGCGUAAAGAAGCUACAUCCCGGCAUGUUAUCCACGAAGGCUCUUCAGCAGGCGACCGAUUCUAUGACGGAGAUGCAACGAAAUGGACCGUGGACUUUUCAAGCGUGGUGGCAGGAUUCUUCUCUACGACCAUUAUACCCUUGACUGGCCUUCAAAGUGGCCCGCUGGAGGAAGCAAUAGACGUGGUAGAAAACUUCCUCCGCUACAUCCUUCAUCACGAAGUCUGUCCCGAGUAUGAGGAAGAUGUCAAGGGAGCAAUGAAAAUCUGUCAAGCAGCCAGAGAAGAGUGGCCAAUGCUAAACGCGCUGCAGACGGCGCUUCCGGGGCUCUUCAACCUGGCUGCUACUGAACUCUUCUCCACGCCUGAUGCCAGUGACUGGGCUUUUCACCUAUUCAAGGUGCAUGAUGGGUUCGAGGCUAAGCCAGUCUUCUAUUCAUGCAUUGCCAUGCUUGAAGAUACGACGCCAUUUGAGUAUCUCUCUGAACACCGCGCUACGCUUCGCGAACAAUACGAAUGCACAGUAGAGGUGGCAACGGUAACUCCUCCAAGUGAAGGAACCAUCCAGCGGUUCAAUUGCCUCCAAGUUAUGACAAAAGAGGGCACACAAAAUCUCCCUCUCGCGCCUAUCGGCACAGUUACGCUCAGGCACGCUGUUAUUGAAGACGGAUGGGUCCAUCCAGACACGCCGCAUCCUCUGGCGACAAAGGAUAUUGAGCUGUAUUUUGAGCAGAAUAUUCUGGAAAAUUUCAGGCCAGGCAUGAAGAUGGCGCUAGAGAUUGGCGAGAUUGGAGGUGGAAUCGCUUUUGUCAAAAGUAUUCGCAACAUCGUCCCAUCCUUCUACACGUUUCUGCCCCAAGAACUAAUGAGAGGCUUCAAGCCCCCGCGCGAGAAUGAUCGUCCUGCGCCAUCCAUUCACAAUCCUACGGCAGAGGACAACCAGGCGGUUGAAGAUUAG